AUGAGGACUCCCCAACUCGUAUCCUUUGUCGCCGCGGCACUGCUCGGCCAUGGCGUCACCGCCAGGGAGCUGCAGCCGAAUGCACUGACGGCGCAGAUCUACGAAAGCGGUUCUGUCCAUGAGGGGCUCAUGGCCAAAAAGAUGGCCACAUGGGAACAACAAAGAAAGAACGGAGCCAUGAACCCCCGCAAGUACAGGAGCCGCGGUGGGAACGGCGCAAUCAAAUGCAAGAACGGGGUUGUCGAACUCGUCCCUGGCGACCCCCUGAACACAUUCCGGUGCAACAAUAUCGACUUCUACGACUUUGUGAGCCACGCCGAUCUUGGCAGUCAAACCGGCGAGGGCGCGUCGUCCUGGGGCUGGACCAGCCGCAACGGCCGCGAGUUCGUCGCCAUUGCCCAAGCAGACGGCGCCGCCUUUGCCGAGAUCACGCCCAAGGGCAAGCUUGUUUACCUGGGCCGUUUGCCGCAGUCUAGCGCUGCCCAGCCAUCCAUCUGGCGAGAGAUCCGCGGGUACAAGAACUACAUUGUCAUUGGCAGUGAGGCUGUCAAUCACGGUAUCCAGGUGUUUGACAUGUCAAAGUUGCUCAGCAUCGACCCCAAGAAACCCAAAGUCUUCAACCCUGACACCGAUGUCACAAGCCUGUGGAACGGGCUGCCCAUUGGCCGCACGCACAAUGUGGUAGUCAACGAGGAAAAGGAGUACGCUGUUGCUGUUGGUGCCGCGCCGCGCAACGAUACCUGCCGUUCCGGCCUCAUCUUCAUCGACCUGAAGGAUCCCAGCAACCCCAAGGGACUGGGCUGCGCCUCAGGCGAUGGAUAUGUGCAUGAUGCUCAGUGCCUGGUGUACCGUGGCCCGGAUAAGAAGUACUUUGGCAGGGAUAUCUGCUAUGGGUAUAAUGAGGAUACUUUGACCAUCUACGAUGUUACGGACAAGAACGCUACGAACAUCAUCUCAAGGACCUCUUACGAAGGUGCCAGCUACACGCACCAAGGUUGGGUGACCAACCCCAACUGGCAAGAAUUCCUCGUCCUCGACGACGAGUACGACGAGUACGACGGCGCCGGGCCGGCCGCCAGCGGGUACCCCAUCACCUACUUCUGGGACAUCCGCUCGCUCGAGAACCCCAAGCAGACGGGCGUCUUCCGCAGCCCGGCCUAUGGCAUCGACCACAACCAGUUUGUCAUUGACGGAUUUGCCUACCAGAGCAACUACGGCUCUGGCUUGCGCAUCCUGGAUAUCUCCAGCCUGCCCCGUGAUCCUACGGGUGCGAGAGUCAAGGAGGUCGGGUAUUUUGAUAUCUAUCCAGAGGAUGAUAAUCUGCCGAAUGGGGGGGUGGUGGAUUUUGUUGGGACGUGGUCUCAUUAUCCGUUCUUUAAGAGUGGGUAUAUUCUGGUGAACACGAUUGAGAGGGGUGCGUUUGUGCUUAAGAGGUCGCGUCGUUAG